AAAACCAGGAGCCCCUGUGGAGUGACCCGCACAGUGAAGGGCUGCUCUGCUUCAGGUCACAACUUUAGCGCUGACUGAUGUGCGCAGACCGCAAACUGUGAUCCGGGAUCAGAGCAAUAAAAAAAAAAAAAGGCCUGAAAAACUUCCUUAAGAGGGACCCGAAAGUGCAGAACAUCAUGAUGAUUAAGCCAUAUGUGAGACUAGCAGAGGGAGAGGAGGUCAUCAGCCCCCUGCAGUGGAUGGAUGGAGAUGUGAGCUCACCGGACGGGAGCGCCUCCGUCCCAGCGCACCACUACGGCGCCGGCGUGGCGUCCCAGCAGAACAGAGAGAUGGGAAGUGAAGAUGCAGAGGAGGACGAGGAGGAUGCAGAUGAAGGACUGGAGGAUGAAAAUGAAUCCAGGAGACGUGGGCCCAAGAAAAAGCGGAUGACCAAAGCCCGGCAGGAGCGCUUCCGUGCCAGACGCAUAAAGGCAAACGCCCGGGAACGCUCGCGCAUGCACGGCCUGAAUGACGCUCUGGAGAACCUGCGCAGCAUCAUGCCCUGCCACUCCAAAACGCAGAAACUGUCCAAGAUUGAGACGCUGCGACUGGCCCGCAACUACAUCUGCGCUCUGUCCGAGGCCCUGGAGGGAGGGCUUUCCACUGAGAGCAGGGCUUUCAUGGAGACACUCUGCAAGGGGCUUUCUCAGCCCACAACCAACCUGGUUGCCGGAUGUUUACAGAUUGGAUCAGGCUCCAGUGCUGGGAUGAGACCUGAGGACAGACUUGGAGUCCGUCCACCACCUAAUCCUCUGGGAGGCAUGGUGGGGUACACCUCCCCAGGCCUGCCAAGCCCCCCGUACGGCACCUACGACACGGCUCACAUGCUUCACCUGAGAGCCAUGAAAGGACGGCAGAGCGAGAACCAUUCUCCACCGGAGUAUAAUGCUGGAAGUGUGGGAACCCCUCCGUAUGACGGCCCCCCCACUCCGCCUCUGAGCAUCAGCAGUAACAUGGUGCCCAAACGGGAGCCUUCCCCCCACUACCCACCACCUCCGCACCAGUACUCCCCCUCCAACGUGGACCAGGUUCUCUAUCAGACUCAGACCAGCUAUGAUGUUCACUUGGAGGGUCCGUAUGACUCCUACCAUCCACCGCACAUGGUCCCAAGACAAAUAACCUCAGUCUACAGAGACUGAGACGAAUCCAAUGCACCACCUCAUGAAUCACUCCAACCUGACUGAUUCCAAGCAAUGAACCCUUCAUGACCUCUUUAAAAGGGGUCUGUUAUGCAAAAUUCACUUUUUGCACAUUUUUAUACUUCCGUUUGAGUCUCAACUGCUUCUAAAAACAGCCAGAG